CAUCUUUUGGGAGAAAUCAAAACCAUCCCAUUCAAAAUGUAAUUCAUGAGCCAUUGCUAUCGCGCCCACGAAACACCACAACCACGUGAAGUUCUUUUCCGCUUUCAGAAACCAUGUCUAAAGUCAAGAUUGGUAUAAUUGGCGGAUCCGGUUUCUAUAAACUGGAUGCCCUAAAAGAUCCGGUUGAAAAAUCUGUAAACACCCCUUUUGGUGAGCCUUCAGAUGCUUUGGUCUCCGGAAAAAUCGAGGGUGUAGACUGUGUAGUACUUGCGAGACACAAUCGCAAACAUGGAAUCAUGCCCACUAACAUUAACUACAGAGCCAAUAUAUGGGCGUUGAAAGAGGAAGGUUGCACUCAUGUACUUGUUUCAACAGCAUGUGGUUCCUUGCAAGAGGAAAUAGCUCCUGGUGAUCUUGUAAUAUUGGACCAGUUCAUAGACAGAACUACAAAAAGGAUGCAAACAUUUUAUGAUGGAACAUGUGCUCAGCUUCCUGGCAUUUGUCACCUGCCAGUAGCUGAACCAUUUUGUUCUCUUACUCGUGAUUGCUUGAAAAAAGCUGCAGAAGCAUCCAAUAUACCAGUACACCCUUCAGGGACCUGUGUUACUAUUGAAGGUCCUCGGUUCUCAUCCAAGGCUGAAAGUUUUCUUUUCAAGUCUUGGGGUGGUCAUGUAAUUAACAUGACAACUGUUCCAGAGUGCAUUUUGGCCAAAGAAGCUGGACUUUGCUAUGCUGCCAUAGCAAUGGCAACUGAUUAUGAUUGCUGGCAUCCACAUAAUGAGAAUGUUAAUGUAGAACUUGCAUUGACGACUUUCCGCGAAAACGUUGGGAAAGUUACUCAAGUAUUGUGCGCUGCAGUUCCUAUUAUCGCAAAGUUGGAUUGGACAUUCACCCUUGAGGAAUUGAAGGAUAAUGUUCAACAAAACGUCAUGAGUUGAUAUAUUCGCCAAUUGUCCGAACUUCGUUACUGCCGAAAAUUGUGUAACGCAAUUAUUACUAACUGUAGUAUUUUAAGCAAUUUCGUGUAAUAUGACAAUAAACAAACGGAUAACAUUGAGAA